AUGGUAUGGGAAGAAAAUAUCUUCUUGUCUAUCAACUACAACCAUAAUCCAGCCUCUCAGAUUGGUAUACCAUCUUGUUGUCUAUCAACAACAACCAUAACCCAGCCUCUCAGAUUGGAAGUAGUUGUUGAUUUGCUGAACGAAUGGAAAACUGAACGCCCUGAAGACAACUUCCAUCUUCGUCUGAAGGGAGAUCAUCAGGAACAAGAUUAUGACAACUUGGAAAUGAAUCAAAGUGAUGAGCAAGAGACAGAGGAUGAUGUACGAAUAGGGGAGGCCUACACUAGGAAGCUAUAUGGUACAAACAGUAAGUUCCUAUAUGUUCACCAAACUAAAUGGCAGAGGAGACUUCUUGAGCUGUAUGGGAAAGAGAUCUGCCUUUUGGAUGCUACAUAUAGGACAACCAGAUAUUCAAUUCCGUUAUAUUUCCUAUGUGUGCCUACGAAUGUUAAUUACAUUACUGUUGGAACGUUUAUUACAGAGACAGAGGACAGUGCUUCACUGAUGGAGGCCUUGCAAGUUAUUAAAGAUUGGAAUCCCGAGUGGGUCCCCAAGUACUUCAUGUGUGACUAUGCCACUGAAGAGAUAAAUGCCCUUGAAAACGUUUUUCCAGGUUCGUAUGUAUAUCUUUGUGAUUUUCACCGAGAGCAAAGUUGGGAAAGAUGGCUUACUGCAGCAAAUAAUGGACUGAACACAGAGAAAAACAAUGUUCUAUCACUUUUAAGACCUGUCGCUAGAGCACUUAAUGAAGAGGAUUAUAAUUCUGCUUUGUCCACAUUAAAGGUAUUAAAAAUGUCACAGAAUUUAAAUGAAGGAUACAACUACUUUAUGGAUGUUGUUUUCGUAGAGGCUCAGAUUAUACUUGUAUCGUAUCUCAGAGGAAUAAGCAUUUCCGAGGCAGAUAAACUUCUUUAUCCAAUUAAAAAACAUAAUGAACAAGUUUGA